CUGCUCCUAUCCGGCGAGUCGUUUGCCUCCAACCGCGAGAAGCUGCAAGCCGCCGGUGUCACUGCGAUCAUCGCGUGUGGAUGCCGCUGCCACUUCGUGGACACGUUCACCUACCUAGACGUGCGGCUGAAGGACGACAGUCACGCAAAGGCUGGUCGACACCUCGACCCAGCCGCUGACUUCAUCGCCCUGCACUUGGCCAAGGGAGGAACUGUCCUCUGCCACUGCAAGGCGGGAAUCUGCCGCUCCACGACGAUGGUGAUGGCGUACCUGAUCAAGUAUCGCGGCCUUGGCGUUGACGAGGCACUAGCCGCCGUCCGGCAAGCGCGCCGCUGCGCCAACCCGCGCGGCGAGUUCGUGGCUGCUCUG